GUAGGAGGCUAGUAAACCCAAGUUCUAGCAUAGAGUUGACUCGUGUGAUGUGAGAGCGAGUGCAAUCGACGUCGGCUGAUUGUAAUAACGCGCUGCUUUUACAUGAAUUAGAACUUUAAAAUAUACUUUUUGAGUGUAUAUUGUGUCUGAAAGAAUCAAAUAGUGAUCGUUAGCUUCUUGUCGCAUUAUGAACGAUUAGUGGAGUAUUUAUUUGUCUACCGUAAACUUUAAUACCUGAUAUUUCUUUGAUGACACUAUGGCCGCUAAAACAUAACCAGGGGAAGUAGUAACCCGCCUUAACCUCAUUCAUCCCGCAAUCAACAAUCCAAGUGUUUUUGGUCUUAUAACCAUCGAAAACUUUCAAAAUAGUGAAGAAGUGAUCAGUGUGUGAUCAUGGGUUUUUCAAUGAAUUGACAGGAACAAUUAAAAAUGUAUUUGAGUGAUUCCGCAGUGCAGUUAUUUCUCUGUAGAAUUUUUUGAACAUAUGAGUAUUCAAACUUAUUUAAAAUGAGCGUAAAACAAGAAAGACAUGAUGAAGCCGAAAUACAAGAAUUGGCGGCAAAAAUGGUCGAGGAGAAUAAAGCUAAAAUGGCAACUCCUCAACGAACCCCUAAUCAACCUGGUACCAGUAUGAACAUACUAAGUUAUUUGACUACAAACAAUGCUAAAUCGAAGUCAGCAACAUCAACUGGAAAUUCAAACAAUUCCUCUGGUGAUAUUUCUGAUGAAGCCUCUAUAAGAGGGAGAUUUGGAUGGAUUUCAAUUGCAAAAUCACACAUUCCUUAUAUAAUUCGUGGAGAGGAGUUCUACUGUUCAGUCAGAAUGGUAGAGAUGAAGAUUUUAAAUAGGUAUUUAACUUACUUACAUCCAGAUAUUUACAAUUGUACAUGUAUAAGAAGUUACUUUAUUACUGAAGCUGAAUGUCGUCUACUGAAUGAAAUCAACAUGAAACAUUGUGACUGCCAAUUUGGAAGAGAACAGUUCACUACAAUGGAUUUGAUAGUACGAUUAACAGAUGCUGAAGAAUUUUUCAAGUUUUUGAGUGCUUGUUACUCAAAAUUACUCAGUGGGGAAGUAACUGCUACAGACCGUUGCGGAUUCAUUAGAAUCAAUAAAGAAUCAGUUGUACCUUACACCAUUUAUCAACAACAAAAGUAUGUACCACUAUUUUAUUUUGAAGGAGAAACUGAUAAUUUAAAACAGAAAGCUGACAAGUUAGAGGGCUGGGAUCUUUCUUAUUUGAAAUUUUGUUGUAAGGUUCAAGGGAUAAGAAAUGAAUUGUUCGCUCAUGAUUCUUGUUCAGUUAUCAGUUUGAAUGAUAUCAAGAACUACUUUCCUCCUGGUACUCUCUUUGAAGAUUAUUGGCCCAAGAAAAACAUGGAUUCUCAACUCUUGAUUAGUAACUCCAAUCGGGCACCACAGCAGAUUAUCCAGUGGACACGACAGCCAACACAUCCCCCUAUCCAAACCAAACCAUCACCAUCUCCAAAGCCUGCAACUCAAGCAAAAGCAGCCACCAGCAGUCAGAUGCACAACAUGCAUCUCUAUUCAACCUAUGGGAUCACAGGUGGACAACCAGCUUAUCAUCCAAGCCAACCUAGAACAGCAAGUUCAGCAGUAAGAGCCUACCCUUCAGCCUCUGGGGCACGUCAUAUGAGACCAAGUUACUACAAUUCGAUGUCCCAGGUUGCUCCACCACCACUAGUACGAGCUUCGCAACCGCAGUCAUCUUCAUAUUCGAAUACCCAGUCAAAUAAUGCGGCAAACUACAUGAUUUUGGGUGAGCCCAACAUGCAAGCAACUUCCGGUUACCAUCAAGCAGCACCCCAAAUGAAUAAAUACCCACCUCCAUUGGUAGAUGUCCGGCAUAUGAAUGGGGGCAUGACUUCAAGAGAAAUGCAGAAUAGCUAUGUAGUGACAAGUAGUCAAAAUCAAAUGAUGAAUCAACAAACAACACAUCAAUCACCUAGAUCACAAUCUAAUAUUACAGAUGACAGAAACAAUGUUGCCAAUGGUAGAAUGGGAAUGAGUAACUGUUCUAGAAAAUUACAACCUAUUCCAGAUCCUCCUACAGGAGGUAGUCAUGUGCCCUAUCAGAUGCAAAAGGCAGUAAUUGAAAAUAAGGUGCUACCAUGUAUAAAUAUGAAGCCUUUUAUAUUCACUGACCUAUUAGUCACAUUGCCCGACCUAUGUUCAAAUUUUUUCAACAAUGUACCAGUGCAAUCUUGUCAACAAGUACUUCAAAUUUUAGAUGUUGACUUAUUCAAACCAAAUAAUUCCCAAAUGCAAGUGUUAAUAGAAAACGGAAAAUGUCAAAAUAUCAACGAAACAGUUCCAUUAGUUCAAGUACGGAGUGUCAUCGAUUUCAUGCCUCAAUUGAAAUAUAUGUUAGGAAGUGUCUCGCAGUCGGACAUGGGAUCAAAGAGGCCAAGAAACAGCUAGGGUUGGCAGCCAUUGUGGGGUUAUGAUUUUUACAACAUGUGACCAUUCAACCCCACAAAUAUGGUGAAUCCUCAAUAUUCAAAUUGUUCCUAAAGUGUAAAUUAAUUGAACUCCCUAUAACAAAAUGAACAUUAAGUGAAUGAUUUUUUUUCUGAUUGUAUUCUACAUAAGUAAUUGACCUUCCUAUUUGAUAUUCUAAUUAGUGAUCACUUUGACGUUGCUGUCAAAAGCCAUUUCAUUCUAUUGCAAUCAUCUAAUUUAUUUGUUCUACUGGCUCUUCAGACUGAUCUAGUCAAUUUAUUCAUGCACCUUUGUAACGCAAAAGUGUUAACUAAUUGAAAUAUCUCUCCCCCUUCUAUGAAUAAUUAUUUAUUUUAAAAUAAAAAAUAUAAUAUUGAUAGUUAGUUGAUAUCAGUGUAAAAUGUCCAGGGUAGGGGAUAUAAUUUAGUGACCUUUUAUUCUGGAGGAUAGAUAAUUAUAUAUGGUAUAAUUAUUUUUUGUACUUUUCGAACAUUUUUUUAACUAUUUAUAUAAAAUCAAUCGGGCUUUUUACACUUAAGGAAAUCUCAUCUGAUCUUCCAAUUAUAUAUUUUGUUUUGAUUAUGUAAAUUCACGACACAAAUGAUCACUUGAUAGUAUAAUUAUCUUGUUAAUAUCUCUUUAUUCUCCUGCCUGUGAUAUUUAGAUGACAGUAUUUCGGGAAAUUGUACAUUUUAAUUGGUUUAUUUAUUACUGAGAAAUUAGAUUCUGGCAUCUACAUGCACUAAAAUAUAAUAAACAUUCAUAAAUACAAGUUUUCAGGAAAUAAGUUGUAAUAUACAUAGUUUGUACAAACUGUUAAUAAAAUCUUUUUCUAUAAUUUUUGUAGUAUAUUUUUGAAUGUGUGUUGUUGAUUCAUUUGCAUUUUCUCAUAUUUUAUUUUGAACAGUUAGACCUUAAUGUUAAUAGGCAUAUAUAUGUAAAUAGUUGAUCAUUACUCAAAUAAAUCUUAUAAGUUCUA